ACCACAACAAUCCAUAACGGAAAAUGAUGCGAUCAAAAUAAAACAGAUGCAGUUCUCGUGUGAUGACGUGCGUAUCAGGAAUGAAUGAAAAACCAAUGGAGACUCGAAAGAUGCAGACAAUUAGAUAAUCGUGGAGACAGAUAUGGAUGUAAAUCUUUUGAGAAGCCAAGAUUUUGAGAGAAGGACGGCCGAAAUUGGAAUUUACUCCAUUGGCAGUUAGAUAUGGAAUCGGAAUUGGAUAUUAAUUCGCAAUUGAAACCCGUUUUCGAAGCACUGGAUGUUGGAAAAAGCGGCUUCAUUGAGACAAAACACUUCAUUGAGCUGGCUAGAGAACAUUUCGGCAGUGGAAGUGAUCAGAAACUUGAGCAAGAUCUACUCGCGGCCUUGGAUCCAGAGACUACAGGUCUCAUCGACUUCACUGCAUUCUGCCAAGGUAUCCAGUCUAUUAUACUCAGCAAGAAAGGAGGUGCACCACCUAACCAAGAGCUUCCAUCCUCCCACACGCUGCCAGAGGACACCAAACAGUUCACGGUGGAUGACGAUGAUGCCAAAAGCAAUGGGGUAAGUUCAACGGUCAAUUGGUGGCUCAGUGGUAGAGCGCCUGCUUCAUGAAUGGGAGGUCGUGGGUUUGAUCCCUGGCCGAGUCAUACCAACCCCCAUCAGAAUCAUGUCUUCCAUAAAAAGUUAAUACAAUAUACUUUUUGAGUGUUUGCAUAUUUGAUUAACAUUGUCAUGAUUAAUAUUGAGGAAAAAAAUAAAAAUUCCAAUCCGAGGUGUCUUUCAAGUCUAUGAAGCAAUUUCUAAUGCUUUUUGUCUUCAAAAUUUAGGUUCAAAGGAACUUUCAAGGAUAUGACAAACUAAAAGUCAUGGCAUAUAGAUCCAGCCAUAAGUGCAGCAGAUGAAGAACUUUUGGUGCCAUUCGCCUCAAAAGACCGCAGCUCUCUAUCUGUGAAAAUGUCAAAGAUUAUCAGUGAUUGUGAUAAUCGCAACUCGAUAGCUUCGACCUGUUUACCUGACAAAAUGUGAUGGGUUGGUAUUUGCGUAUCACAUAGGGAUUGGAAUGACUAGGAUUUUUUUUUAUUUGGAGCUCAAAACUCCUCAUACUUAAUAACAUGCAGAUUGUCUGGAGCUUGGUAAAGGAGUUCUGAGCUUGACUGACUGAAAUUACAUUUUAUGACUGUGUUAGUUCUUGGUCUGGAUCUGCUACAGGCAUGCUUUUUAAUCUGUAUUUGUUCAAGAAUUUAUGACUUUUAGAGUUUGGAAGAGGAGUAGUUUGAUUUCUUGAAAUGGGAUAAACUCUUUAAAAAGUCAUUAUGUCUUCAGGUUUAGACUUGAAAGGAUAUAAAGUUAAAUAUUUUGGAUGCAUCUGCAGAGGUUUGAAACUUGAUGAAAUUUGUUUUACUGAAGAACAGUCGAAUAUCAAACCAAAUAAAAUGGAUGGUAUUGUAUGGACAAUUGGCUCUGGGGUGAUUGGACUAUUGACUUUGUCCCACCUGACUUAAGAUGUGUUUGCAAAAUGUUGAUAAAGUGUGACCAAAGUUUGCACUGGGGACAUAAAACAGAAAAGGACAUACUGAAAAUUGAAUAUGAUGUCCAUUGUCUAUGCUGGAUGCCAUUUGAGCGCAAGUUGUGAUCAUAGAAUCAUUGUACCUUGAUUCAUCAUCUGCAGGAAUGAUGUCAUUCAGCAAUGAUUUGUAUUCUUAUAGUUGGAACUUUGAUAGGAGAACCUAAUUGAUCAUGACAUUGUAGGGGCAUCCUUGGAUGGCUGUAAGAAUGGACAACAUGGCCAAGAAGUGUCGGAAUACAGAUCUUCAUUGUUCAUGAAUUGUGUGUGCUGAUUGAUAAACAAAACAAAGCUCCAUGAGUAUAAGCACAAGCUUUUUUAAUGAAACCUUCCCACAUACAGUACAUUAAAAAUAUGUUUUGUAUUUUAACAUGAUUUAAUGGGACCUUUACAUCUGAAGCCACCUGUAGAGCUCUCAAGAGCCACAUUGAUCUCAAGCAGUACUCUUGGACUUGAAGAACUCUUGGUGUAGUGAUUAUGGUUGGUUUGUCGAAGACCUGUGUUGUCCUGGUGCCAGUUUCUUUGCUGUUGUGCUUGCAAUAUUUCCCUGGAGUUCUUCAACCUUUGGUUGUCCUGCAGCUAGCACUGCAGAAGGUGUGUUUUGCAGUAUUGCAGAUACUCUGGAAGGUUCUUAAUGCUUGGCUCUUCACCAGCUUUUUGGUGUAUGCAAUGGUAUCUUGCUCAGAGAGGUUAGAAUCACAGGUAAAUGUACCUU